AUGGAUCCACAUGAAGACAAACCACUGGUCUCUCACAAUGACAUCGAAAGCCAUGGAAAUGACAAACAAUUGAUUGAAAGGCUUUUGAGAGAGAAAGAGAUUUCGACGAAAUAUAACAACGAUUUGAGGCACGAGUUGUCGAUAUUGUCCGCAAAACUGCAUUUGCAUCAGAAGGUGAUCACCAAAGACACCAUCAGUGUUGAGACACAGACAGAGUUGUCGCUCAUGAGCCCAUAUGUGACUAAUAAUAGCAGUGUUUGUGGCAAAUGUUGUCAUGCCAUCACUUCUUGUGGUGAUGUGAACAGUGAUGUUAUCAACGAUUGGAAACAAAACUCUGAGACAAAGAAUACACGGAUUAGUGAUUUGGUCCGCGAGACGGCUCAAGAGGUUGUGACAAACAAUGACUUUCAAAACGAUUACGUUUACGACCAGAAGUCUAAGACCUAUUAUAGUCGCAGCAGUGGUUGGUAUUACUAUCCGGAUUCAUCUCUAUUUUAUGACCCAAACACCAAAAACUAUUAUAAAUACGAUUUCGACAAAAAAGUUUAUAAUUUCUACUCAUCACUCAAACAAAUGGACAAAAAGAGACAAACUAUGAACAAGACAUCCAAGACUUCAAAGUCAGAAGUGAGUCCACCACUCAUGCGGAUGAUUGUGAAGCAGUCGUCGAGUCUAGAGAUUGGGAGCCUUUUACAGGUAGUGUCGUGUAUGGGCGCCAAAGUUGGCAACGAUUCCAGUUGUGACGUCUGGAUAACCGACGAAUCUGUGAGUCGGAGUCACGCAGAGAUUAGAUAUGAUUAUAACGACAAUAAUUAUAUGAUAAAAGACCUGAACAGUACAAACGGCACAUUCAUUAAUGGGAACAAAAUUGAAAGCAAUUGCUCGACAAUAGUGAGCCAUAGCAGCGAAAUAAGUUUUGGAAAAUGUGUGCUAUUAGUGCACAUCCACAACGGCAAAGAUGUGACGUGCGACCGGUGUGAGCCGGGUCUCGUAAUUGCCAAUUUGAAGUCCAGUCACCAAAAUAGUAGUAAUUUAUACGAACAGUCCGACAAAGAGAAAGACCGCAAAAAGCAGUUAAAAUCUCUUAAGAAGAAAUACGGUCUCAAAGACAAUGAUUUCUGCGAACCAAAAGUGCCGAUAAUUACAAACUCUAAUUAUAAGGAUAGGGCGGAGAGGAGGAGAGUCGAGAAGGGAAGUGACAACCCCUACGAAAAGACAGCCGCCGGGACUACACUCGAUUCUGCGUUAUCCAAAUCUAAUAAAGGCUUUCAAAUGCUUGAGAAGAUGGGUUGGACUUCAGGUCAAGCCCUCGGAAAACAUGAAAAUGGAAUCACAGAACCGGUUAAUGUAAUCAAUGGCAACAAUAAGCCUCAGCCCUUGCCUCAGAAAAACAGCUAAUAUUUGAUUACUUAUUAUAAACCAUAUAAGAGCCAAUUUUCUGGUCAUUUUGUUCAUUAAUUACAUCCAAACACUGUCU